UCUUGAUGUUUCCCUGUCUCUGCACAGACAUAAAAUAAAUAUCCUGCUCACAGAGAUAUGUACUUUAAAACACCAGAGAGAACAUAAAGGGAUUGUUACCGUAUUUUCAAGUGAAUUCAAGUGAAUUAAACCAUAGUCUGGGAGACUAAAGCGAGGAACUUGUUUUAUAACUUUAUUAUAUGACAAAUUUUGGUCAUUUUCCAGCCUGUUUGUGUUGUAGAAAUCCACGCAUUACUGUUUUUAAGAUUUAUUGGAUACUGUCAUAAAUAGUUUUAAUAACGAUUUAAUUUAAAUUCUGUGAAGAAAUAGUUUAGAGUUAGGACAAUGUUGAGACUGGUAGGGUUAGAUCUUAUCAUCUUUUCAAUCCUACUCAUCCUACACAGAAUAUCUGCUGAUAAGAUCUCCUAUGCGGGAUACUCGGUUGUGGAAGCAACCCCAAAGAACAAUGAUGAGCUGACCUGGUUAGAAUCUGAUUCUCCGUGCUCCGUCCUAGGGGAGUGGGUAGGGAACGGAGUAGGUUUACUCUGCAGUAGGUUAGAAGCAAACCUGCUCCGCCAACAAGCCAAGAAUCGGGGAAUCAAGACAACAUUUUCAACCAGGCAUUUGGGACGGCAGAUAGAUAAGGAGGAAGAGCAGAACUCCAGGGCGGAUUUGAUCCAACCACAUAAACGACAGAAAAAACGGAUACUAACCCACGAGGAGUUUGUGAACUACGCCACCAUUCAACAUUACCUGGAUAGCCUACAGGAGUUGUAUCCUUACGUAAACGUAUCCUCUAUUGGAAAAUCUAUUGAAGGUCGAGACCUGAAGCUUGUCACUAUCAACGGGGGCAGAAACCUUCCCAAGAUAUUUAUAGAUGCGGGUAUACAUGCUAGAGAAUGGAUUUCACCAGCUUCUACUCUUUUCUUUAUAGAUAAACUAACUAAAGUUCUAAAAAGACAGAAAACGCAUUCGACGAAGACGACUGGCCGGAGGUCUCUAACGGACGAGAUUGAAUGGCAUAUCGUCCCUCUCAUGAACCCGGACGGAUAUGAGCACUCCAGAAACAAGGAUAGGAUGUGGAGGAAGAACAGGAGAGUGAACCCGAAUUCUAACUGUGUUGGAGUUGAUCUGAACAGAAACUUCCCUGAAGGGUAUGGUAUUGGUUCCUCCACCCGGGCCUGUAGUGAGGUAUUUCAAGGUCCAAAUCCUCUAAGUGAACCAGAGAGCAUAGCUUUGAACAAUCAUAUAGAGCAGACGAGUGGUAUUCGAGCCGCAGUGUCAGUUCACUCUUUUGGAAACGUCCUUAUCUUUCCCUGGGGGUAUACAGAAACAGCUCAUCCACAAAAGGCUGCUCUAAGUGAACUAGCAAAUGUAAUAAGUGACACCAUUUAUCAGAAAUAUGAAGAGAGAUAUAAACCAGGAACUGCAAAGGAGGUGUUUGGUUCCUGGGGGGUAGCUGGAGGAGCUACUGAUGAUUAUUAUAUAACCAAGGGAAUACCGUACAGUUUUACAUUCGAGCUCCCGCAAACAGAUUCUGCAGGAAAUCAUGGAUUUCUACUUCCUCCUUCUAACAUUAAAAAGGUUGGAAAUCAACUGUUCCUAGGAUUUAUGACUCUCGCUGGACAAGUUCUAAAAUCUUAAAUUAUAUUUUGAUUUUUGAAUAAGAUAUUCUUUGGUUUUGUAAAUAUACUGUUUAAAACUUAAA